AUUGAUCUGUUUGAUUGAAUUAAUGUAAUCAAUAUAAACCCCAUUUAUUACUUUUCUAUUCAUCAAGUGUCCUCUUGUGUCAAGGCUAUUUACAUGUGUUUAUAUAAAUAUGUGUGUGUGUGUGUGUCUGUCAAGCAAUUUGAUCUAUGAUUAAAAAUUGAUCCAAGUUGAUAAUCGGUUCUUUAUUGAAUCAUACCAAACAAUCAAUCAAUCAUUCCAAGAAACUAAUCGCAAUUGGUAUAACUGACAAAAAAAAGAACAACUGAAAAAAAGGACUUGCUUAUCAUCGGCACCGGAAGGAAACACAACAACAACAACAACAACAGUUUCGAUUCUCAAUCAUCAUGUAAUUGCUAUUCACUCUUUUUCAAUAGUACUGAUUUACUUGGCGAAUGGUUUGAUGAAAACCUGGCUCUGUAUGUGUGUGUGUUCAUACAUGCGUAUAAAUUAAGAAUUCUGUAGUUAGUUUCAACUAUAAAAGCUACAAUCAUAUUCGCCAAAAUCCAAUCGUUUAUAUUCGGCGGUUGCCGACUAUCGAUACCCAAACAACGACAAGGGCAAGUGUAUCCAGUAUCCAAUUUUGAUACUCGAUCACAAUCGAUUAGUUUAGGCGAAUCGUCAUCCAGAUCCUCAUCACCAUCGUCUUCAUCAUCUUCAACAUCAACCAUAAAUAAGAAUACGGUACGAUUUGGAUUUUGGAACCUAAACGACAACAUUACCGUUUCACGAUCAAUCAACUGGAUACAAUUGCCCAUUUUCUCCGUUUGGGUUUCAUCCGUUUUGUCGUUAUUAGGAUUAACCUCAUCAUCAUCAUCAUCAUGGUAACUGGUGAAUCAUUCAUUCAUACUAAUAAAAAUCGAAGAUCAACAAUAAUGAUGACAACAAUAACAGCCAUGCAUUUUUUCACAUUGGCUCUACUAUGUUUGUUCAUAUUACUUGGCGCACAUUAUAGUGAUGCCUUGUUUGAUAUCGGUCAAUCACCAUCAUUUGAUUCGAAUAGUUAUGGUGUUCAAUUAUCAUCAUGUCCACUUGAAUGCGAUUGUCAAGGUCUGACUGUCGAUUGUUCACAUCGUGGAUUAUCCUAUGUUCCACGAACAUUUCCAUUGGAAGUACGACGAUUAUACCUUGAUGGCAACAAUCUAACCGUAUUACGUCAGAAUGAUUUUCAACGUCUACCUUAUUUGAAAGUUCUGCAAAUCAUGGACAACCAGGUACAGACAUUGGAACCGGGCGUUUUUGAUGAUCUCAAAAGUUUGGAAAGACUGUGGCUAAGUCGUAAUCAUCUUCGCUAUAUACCGGAUAAUGUAUUCAUCAAAAAUUUUGGCCUACACCUAAUCGAUCUUAGUCAUAACAGGCUCAUGGGCUUGACAUCCAAUGUCUUUUAUGGUCUUAAAUCGUUGAAAAGCUUACAUUUGGACAAUAAUCGAUUGUCCUGUAUCGAAGAUGGAACCUUUAGUAAAGUGAAAGAAUUAGAAUUCCUAACAUUGAACAAAAAUAAUCUUACAACAUUGGCCUAUUCGGUGUUUGAUGGAUUGGCUACGAAACUAAAAACUUUACAUAUUGCCGACAAUCCAUUCCGUUGUGAUUGUUCAAUGGCCUGGCUAGUUCAAUGGUUUCGAAAAUUGUUUAUCAUGCAACAUAAACAAUCAUCACAGCAACGAUUCGAUAUUGAUAGUGCCAAAUGUGUGGCUCCAUUUCAUUUGUUUGGAAUGAAAAUCUCGUCAUUAUCGGCAAAAGAUUUUCAUUGCGAUCAACCAUAUUAUGACGAAUUCCUUCAGAAUGAUGAUGCUGGCAUGGCUAUAAUGAGAUCUUGUCGAAUAGAGCCACAAUGUCCAUAUCAAUGUUCCUGUCAGGAUGGCGUCAUCGAUUGCCGCAAUCGAAAUUUAACCCGUAUACCGAAUUUUAUACCAGACAAUGCCAUCGAAAUUCGAUUGGAACAGAAUUCGAUUACUGAAGUGCCUUCGCGUGCAUUCUCAUCGUAUCGUCAGUUGGGCCGAAUCGAUUUAAGCAAGAAUAACAUUUCAAGAAUUGCCGAAGAUGCUUUCCAUGGACUGAAAUCAUUGAAUGCACUAUUUUUAUUUGGAAAUGAAAUCACUGAUCUACCGGAAGCCCUAUUUAAAGGUCUAGCCAACAUACAGCUACUUUUGCUCAACAAGAACAGGAUCAAAUGUUUACGUCGUGGAAUUUUUGCUGACCUCAAACAUUUGAAUCUUUUAUCAUUGUACGAUAACAAUAUUCAAUCAUUGGCCGAAGGAAUUUUCGAUCCAUUAAUUAAUAUACAAACAUUACAUUUAGGAAGAAAUCCUUUCAUAUGCGAUUGUAAUCUUCGAUGGCUAUCCAAUUAUCUACGCGAACGCCCCAACCUGGAAACAUCGGAUGCACGUUGUGAAGAACCUAAACGUAAUAGCCGAAAACGAUUAACACAAUUGAAUCCAGAAAGAUUUCGUUGCAAAGGAACUGAAGAAUUGCGAACAAAAUAUUCAGCACAAUGUAUGGAUAAUAAAUGUCCGAAAAAUUGUGUUUGCGAAGGUACAAUUGUCGAUUGUUCACGACUGGAUCUACAUCAUCUACCGGAAGAUGUACCCACAUUUGCUACCGAAUUACGUCUUACUGAUAACCGCAUUCGUCGUUUGACCAAUAGUAAUUACUUUAAACGAUUACCCAAUCUUUUAAAACUUGAUCUUCGAAACAACAAAUUAAAUGAGAUUCAAGAUGGUUCAUUACAUGGUGCCGAUAUGUUACAAGAUUUGCUAUUGAGCAAUAAUCAAUUACGACAAAUCAGCCCAAAAAUGUUUGCUAAUCUCCGUAAUCUGACUACAUUAGUCCUACAUGACAACCAAAUUACCUGCAUCACUAACGAUACGUUUGCCGAUCUUGAAAAUCUACGUUAUCUCUCAUUGAAUGAUAACAAAAUACGUUGUAUUACAUCUGGUGCAUUCGACAAACUACGAUCAUUAUUACAAGUAAAUUUACAGAAUAAUCCAUUUAAUUGUAAUUGUCAUUUACGUUGGAUGUCGUCUUGGAUACGAAAGAAAAGCAAUAAUAAUAAAAUUCUGAUUGGCAAUAUCCGAUGUUAUUCGCCAGCAAACGUUGCUAAUGUACCGAUAGAAGAUGUUGAACCAGGAGAUUUUCGAUGUGAUGAGGACGAAGAAGAAGCUGAAUGUGGGCCUGACGGUCUAUGCCCUUCACGUUGCACAUGUUCAGGAACAGUUGUUCGAUGUUCACGACAAAAAUUGAAACGUGUGCCGAAAUAUAUACCAACCACAACAACCGAACUUUAUCUUGAUAUGAACGAGAUUUCUCUAAUUCCAACGGAUCUAAAUCGUUUAUCCGAACUCAACCUUUUGGAUUUAAGCAACAAUCAAGUUAAUAUUCUACCCACAAAGAUAUUUGAAAAUAUGACAAAACUGCAUACGUUGAUCAUCAGUUACAAUAAGCUCCAAUGCAUUCAACCGGAUGCAUUCAAAGGUUUAAUGUCGCUUCGUAAACUAACGCUUCAUGGCAACGACAUUUCAUUGAUUCCAACCGGUUCAUUCGAUAGCUUGAAUGUCAUAACACAUUUAGCCAUUGGUGAAAAUCCAUUUUAUUGCGAUUGCAAUAUGCGAUGGCUUGCUGAAUGGAUACAAAAAACUAAUACAGAGAACGGUAUAGCACGUUGUAUCGAACCAAGUCCAAUGCGUGGCAAACUUUUAAUGUCAGCACUGCCUAAUCAUUUCAUUUGUGCGAGCAAAACCGAACCUCACAUACUAGCGAAAUGUGAUGCCUGUUAUACUUUUCCUUGUAAAAAUGGUGCCACAUGUAUUUCACAACCAAUGCACACUUACGAAUGUAUGUGUGCACCAGGAUUCCAUGGAACGAAUUGUGAAUACAAGAUCGACGCAUGUUUUGGAAAUCCAUGCGAUAAUGGUGGUACUUGUAAGGUUCUUGAGACUGGUCGUUUCAGCUGUCACUGUCCAACAGGUUAUAAAGGCCAUCGAUGUGAAAUCGAUGUAGACGAAUGUGCUGAAGAUAACAAAUGCCAAAACAAUUCAACUUGUAUCGAUGAUAUUGGCUCAUACCGUUGUGAAUGCUUGUCCGGUUAUUCAGGAUUCUUUUGCGAGAAGAAAAUUGAAUACUGUAUGACCAGAGAAUGGAAUCCAUGCCAAAACAAAGCCAAAUGUAUAAGAGAUGAAGUUAAUGAUUAUUAUAACUGUGAAUGUGCACCUGGAUGGACAGGUCAGAAUUGUACGGAUAAUCAAGACGAUUGUCUUGUUAAUGAAUGUCAAAACGGUGCCACCUGUCUAGACAAAAUUUCUGGCUAUGAAUGCCAAUGUCCAGUUGGUUAUUCGGGACAAUUUUGCGAAUAUGCACCUAACGUAGACCUGCUGUAUCAGCAAACAAGUCCAUGCCAGCACCAUGAUUGUAAACAUGGCGUAUGUUUUUUACCACCCGGAUCUUCAGAUUAUCAAUGCAAAUGUUCGCCUGGAUAUACGGGUAAACGAUGUGACGUUAUUUCUUCCGUUUCUUUUCGAUCUGGAUCCUACAUUGAAUUAGUGCAAGACAUGAAUUUGCAAUCUAAACCAACACUAUCGAUCAAGUUUAAAUUUAUCACCAAAAAAGAGAACGGAAUUUUAUUCUAUCUAGGAAGUGAACAAGGUCAUCAUUUAUCUGCAGAAUUAUUCAGAGGUCGUAUCCGUAUCAGCUUGAAUGUAGGCAAUUAUCCUGUGUCAACAAUGUUCUCAUAUGAAAAAGUUAACGAUGGUCGCUUUCAUCAAGUGAAUUUCGAAUUGAUCAAGAAGAACUUUACAAUGAUUGUCGAUGAUGGUUCAACGCGUACAAUUAUCAAUGAAGGUAAAAAUGAAUAUCUGGACGUGGAGAAUCAACCAUUCUACAUUGGAGGCAUGCCUAAAACUGUUGGAAACAAAGUUCGAGAGAAAUGGCAUAUUUGGAAUGAUACUAGCUUUGAAGGCUGCAUGAAAGAAUUGUAUAUUAAUUCGAAUCCACCCGAUUUGAAUCAAGCACGGCAGAAACAGGAUAUUAUCAUUGGUGGCGAUGGUUCUUGUGAGGAUUACGAACAGCCCAAACCAGUGGAUGCUUGUCAUGCUAAUCUUUGUCAACAUGGUAAAUGUGUUCCAUCUGAUGAUGGACAAAGUUAUCAUUGUAGAUGUAAAUUAGGUUAUAGCGGACCAUUCUGCGAUCAAGCACCAACAUGUCAGAAGGAAAUCAAAAGAGAUUUCUAUUACGAAAAUUCAUGUCGUUCGACUAAGAAAUUAAAAAUGGCCAUCUGUGUUGGUUCUUGUGGUGAAGCACAAUGUCGGGCACAAAAAACUAAAAAACGUAGUAUCAAAUUAGCUUGUAAUGAUGGUUCCAAAUAUACGAAACAAAUUGAAAUCAUAAGAAAAUGUGGAUGCAGUGCCAAAUCAUCAACAUAUACAGAACUUUUUUAUUAAUUCAACAUG